AUGGCCACCCUAGCCUCGUCCCCCCCAACCUCGCCCUCGUGGCCGAAACGACGACCUCGCGCGUGGGCACUGCGCUGUGAGCGGCUAUGCUGUGCCGCGGCCAGUUGUUUCCCGCUCGCGUUUGUGUAUGGGUUGACGACGUGGGCGGUAUAUGUGGAAGUUAGUAUUGGAUUUAAGGAGCAUCGGAGUUUUUGGAUUGGUAUGGAUGCCCCCUCGAGAAUGCGGAGUGGACAGAUGAUUUGCAUCAUAUGCUGGAUUCAGUGGGCUAAUUUUGUCUGUCUUUCCUUGGUUCGUGCAGGGUUUCCGAGUACAGUUCUCGGACUGUUUCUCUACGGCUGCUUGAAUGCUAGUUAUACCGUCGCCGUUUUUACGGAUCCCGGCUCGCCUCUCACGACUCGCCGUGGUGGGCGCCAUGAAUAUAGCGCCUUGCCGGUUUCUGAGUUUCCGGAGUUUACGUCGUAUACUGUUAGCUCGUCCGGUGGCUCGCGAUAUUGCAAGAAGUGUCAGUGUCCGAAGCCUGACCGCGCACACCACUGCUCGACGUGUAAGCGGUGUGUGUUGAAGAUGGAUCACCACUGCCCUUGGUUGGCGACAUGUGUUGGGCUGUACAAUUACAAGGCAUUCCUUCUGUUUCUGAUUUAUACGUCACUGUUCUGCUGGGUGUCCUUUGCGGUUGCUGCGGUGUGGACGUGGACUGAGGUUCUGAAUGAUACCAGAUAUAUGGAUACCUUCAUGCCGGUCAACGUGGUGCUACUGGCAAUCUUGGGGGGAAUCAUCGGCCUUGUCUUGACCGGUUUCACGGCAUGGCAUAUCAGCUUGGCUGUCCGGGGAGUGACGACUAUCGAGUGCCUGGAGAAGACAAGAUAUGUCUCGCCAUUGCGCAAAGCGUUGGACCGACAUCGUCAGGAGAACGUUGCAAGCAAUGGCAGUGCUACAGACCCAAACACUGAAAGUCUAGCCCAGCGACUGCAAGGUUACGGCAACCAAAUUAUAGACGCCCACGCCAAUGCGAUCCCCGGCGUGACACGCGCCGAGGAAGGCGAAGAACGUCUCUCCCCAGCACCCUAUCCACCUGGCCAAGGUCCCAGUCUCGAAAACCCCCACCACCCCAUGACUCCGGCACAACAAGCUCUCACCCGUUCCUACGCCGAAAUGGAACGCCAGCGCGAGCGCGAUCGAUACCAAGAAUGGGUCAACGACCAAGACAGCGAGAAGAUGCCCAGUGCAUUUGACCACGGCUGGCGCCAGAACCUGGCCCAUCUAUUUGGUGACCGACCCCUCCUCUGGCCCAUACCAAUCUGUACAACUACCGGCGAUGGCUGGCGCUGGGAGCCGAGCCAAAAGUUUCUCGAAAUGCGAGAACGCAUCCGAAUCAACCGAGAGCAGGAAGCUAGCAACGAGCAGCAGUAUUAUCGCGAUCUUUACUCGCAGAAUAUGAAUAACAGCCAUGCAUGGGGGGUUGAUAAUGCAAAUACAGCACACUCCCAACAACAGCCAAGUUGGAUUCCCAACCGCCGCCCGCAAGAUGCACCUGAGCGCCCACCGACGAGUGUCUCUAUGCAGACCCUUGCGCCGGCUUCACCUCGGCCCAGACCCGGUGAUAGUGACUUCGAGGAUGAGCCUGAGAGCAACGGGCUGCUUGACCCCGAAGCUGGCAGAGGCCAGGGCGUGAAACAGGGCGGGCAUAGAGAGACGGAUGAAUGGCGCGAUUGGGAUGAUUGA